GGCGUGUUUAUGACUCCGUCUCUCUCAGACUAACGUUCCAAGCCGUGUCUGUUUCAGAACCGGGUUCUCUGUGUCAGUGUCCAUUUACAGGAUGAAGCUCUUUCUGCAUCUGUGUUUCUUUGCUGUGUUUAUUUUUACUGUAGAUGGACAGAUGGCGGAUCUCUGCACAGGAGUCAUGGACUUUGAUCCCUGCAAAGACUCUAAUUCCUGGAACUGUAAUUUAAACGUCAGCGCGUGCUUCUGCAAAUCAGAGAAGCCUUUCUGCAGGUGUAAUAACUUUAAAGAUGAGUUCUAUCUGGGCGAGGACUGUAAUCAGAAGUGGACGACGCUGACCUUCGCCCUUGUGGCCUCUCUUCCUGGAAUCACUCUGGCUCUGGUGGUGGGAGUGACCGUCCACAUCAUACACACCUGUCAGAAAUCCAGUGAGAGCAGCGGAGGAAACAAACAGCAGUCCAGUUCCCCUACGACAGAGGAGACCAUGUUCCCUGGAAUAGUUUUUGCAUCUGAUGUGAAUGCUCGUCCUAAAGGUCAUCCUAAUGGUCAUCCUCCUGAUCCGAGCCCACCACAAGGUGGAUUUACUGCGCCAACUGCAUCCUCACGCCCGUACAGCAUUCAAGAUAACUCACGUCCUUUUGCUGAGAAACCAUCAAUGGGAGACGCUCGGCCGCCCUACAGCUCAUCUGCUAGCAUGCGUCCAACAGCUGAUAGACCACCAAUGGGAGGGCCUCAUCAACCCAACAGCACAUAUGAUAGCAUUCUACCAUCAUCACCCAGAGCAGGGGGCUCAUUUAAUAGGCCGGGUCUAGGAGGACCCCAACAGCCCUACAGCUACACAGCAGGUCCAGGUCAGGUGCUCAGUAACCCGUACGCUAAAAGCAGGAAUCCGUAUGAAGAGCGCAGUCCGUCUCCAGAUCAGUACAGGAGCUACAACCCACCUUCAUCACCUCAGGCUUACGACGACAGGAGAAUGGGUCCAUCUUCAGUGCCCUCCUACGCUGCUCCAGACUACAGCAACCGCAGCGCUUUCCCUCGAGCUCAGAUCAACCGCAUGUAAUGAAGAGAGUCACCCAGAGAGAAGCAGACGCGUUCAGACUGUAAAUAUGAAAUGUACUGCUAGUCAAAGGUUUACAUACAUCUCACUUUUCAAAACAUUUUUAAUAUAAAUGAUCAUGUCUUUUUUGUCGUUUUACUGUAUUAAAGCCUCCUCUGGUUUUUUAGAGUGAACAUCACACGUAAAUAUUUCUGCCAAUAUUAAGAAAAUCAGGGCAGAGUAGAUUUAUAGCUGCUGUUCACACGUUUGACCACCAGGUGUAUGUCAAUGUGCACCAGUUUUAAAAGCUGAGAGUAAUAAACUCUUUUUAGAUAUAGUGCAAAAUAAAGCAUCUCUGCUUAGCAACAGUGCUAGCUUAGGAAUAAAGACAAAGGCCACGCCCUCUUGUUGUAAAGUCAGCACUCAAAUCUUUCAGUUUUUGAACCACCUUUAGGGCCGGAAGAGUUAAAAAAUGAGCUUUUAACAAUAGCUUGGGAAAGAAGUAUCAAAUCAAAAGAACAGCAAGAAAAUUCUAAAUUUUAAAAGAACGAAAGAUGGCUCCAAACUUUUGAUGGGCAGUUUGGAUUUUCUUCAUUUUUAAACCAGCUACAUUUCUAUUUUUUGUAAUCUUGUUUAAAUUGUCAUUCAUCCUGAUAAAUUAAUUGUCAUAUAUUUAUGGUUAUUACAAAAACUUUUACAAUCUAAAUGUGUGGAUUUAUUUAUGACCUAAAAUUAAGAUGUAUCUGCACUGUAUUGUAUCAAAUACAUCUUUGUUUUAUGGUUUUAUUACCUGAACAUCUAAUUAAAAAUAUUUUGAAAUUGUUGAAACAUUAAUCUGUAAUUUUUCUUCAUAUUCACAUAUUAAUUAGCAUUAAUUAAGCUUUGUAAACAUUUUACAUCUAAUUACAUCUUUUUGAUUUCUCCAAAUUUCAAUUUUUUUUCUCUCAAGAAUAUCAUUUACCAGUUUAGAUGCAUUGUACAGCAUGACACAAUUUGUUGGAAACAGAUAAAUCUGGAAUUACUCAUUUCUGAAAUCUGUACAGCUGUAGUUUUAUUUAUUUUUUAAACUUUGUGCCAAAACUGGCCUUAAACAUCUGUGUCCUAGAGGUUUUGUUGAUCACUAAUCUCUUUAAAAUCACUGAAAGUUUACAUAAAAUCCAAAUAUAUGGGUUUAUAUAUUUAGACAAUUUUGUUACAAAUUACUGUCUAAUAUUUGUCAGAAUGAUAAUGAUAAACGUUUUGUGUCCUUAAAUUUAUCCAGAAGCCAAAAUUGUCUAAAUUUGCAUGGAAACAAUUCAACAUUUCUGCUAACAUGUUAGGUCAGAUUGUAAUAAUGGUACAUCAUUUUUCAAUUGAUUUUGAUUUGAUUUUAUUUGUUUUUGAAAAUUAAUUUAAUCAAAAUUAAUGAGAAUUUUGAAACGGCUGAAAAUUUCACACAAAGCCGAGACUUUAAACCCUCAAACAUUGUCCGAUUUGGUCGAUCUUUAUGCUUAAUUUAAUUAAGAAGUGCUGUGAAUUUUUUCAACAAUUUCCUAAAAAAUAAAGCUAAGUUUUUGGAAAGAUAAACAUAAAAUGGUUUACUAUUGAAUUUAUGUUUCCAAGAAACAUUGGAUAUAAUACACCAUUUAAAGACAUUUUUCAAAAAAUGUGUCAUUUUUCAUGAAAUUAAAAGUGAAAAAACAGUACAAUUAUGCACAUGAAGGUAAGACUACGGCCUUACAUAUUCGGUUUGUAGAAUUAUGUGAAAUAUGUGGAAAUAUGUGAAAUGAUUUUUAUAUUUGUUUUAGAUGAUAAGUGCGUCUGUGAACUGUUAAGUGAUAUCUCUCCAAAAAUAAAGCUGUAAAUAUAGA